GACGAUUUUAUGAAAUAGCUGCAUUGGUUGAUAAACUAAGUAAACAAAAAUGUCUAUUGCAUCUUCCACACAAUCCACCACUCCGAUCCAAAGUCCACAGCUUCCAACAAUCUGGCAAAAUAUCCCGUUCAAGAUUAGGAAGUGCCAAGAUGGAGGGGAGCAUCGUGGCAAUCUCGAGAUCGUGACUUGGGACUCUGUCAGCGAAUUAGGUGAGCCUAUGGGUUGGGGAGCGUGCCUCAAGGAGGAAUCCGAAGACCUCAAACAAAAGUUCGAGGUUGAGAUGAAAGGAGAUUUCAAGAAUUUCUAUGACUAUUGGCCACAAGGCUAUAGAUGGACUUGUUGUGGUUUGCCUGGGGGAUAUGAGUGGGGCUGUGAUAGCCACUUUCCUGGGGAGUGUAAAUGUGAUAAUUGUCGAUACGGCUACAAGCUGCCAAAAGGCUUCCUUGAAGAGAGGAACAAGUCGGCACAUGCUAAAGGCUUAACCCUUGGUGAAGGCAACAUCAAUGGGAAGGAAUUUCAUUAAGACAAUGAAUUCAUCGCAGAUGGGCUAGCUCUGCUCAGAUGCUGAACCUAAAACAUGCAGAACACCACAACAACCCUUUGUCCCACUAUGGAGACCAAACCCAACAUAUGGAUUUGCUCUCUAGAGUUCUCUUCAAUAUUGUUCCAAAUUUCAGUUCAAGCACUUGCUCUUAGCUCACUUC